GCUAUAUGUUGAUGAACAUAAUGGAAUAGCCAAAGGGGUCCUAACUCAAAAACUGGGACCCUGGAAAAGGCCCGUGGCAUACUUUUCAAAAAAAUUAGACAGCGUGGCUGCAGGAUGGCCCCCAUGUCUCCGGAUAAUAGCGGCUGUGGCAGUCCUGGUAAAAGACUCAGACAAGUUGACUUUUGGCCAACCCCUCACUGUGGUGGCCCCCCACGCCGUAGAGACAGUCAUCCGCCAGCCCCCUGAUCGAUGGCUCUCAAACGCCCGGGUCACCCAUUAUCAGGCCAUGUUACUGAAUUCUGAGCGGAUACAGUUUGGAACGGCUACAUCUCUAAACCCGGCCACCUUGCUUCCAGAAACCGAGUCCCCCUCCCUAGUAAUGCAUGAUUGCCACCAGAUCCUAGCUGAAGUCCAUGGCACCAGAGGGGACUUGACGGACCAGCCUUUGCCAGAUGCUGAAGCAACCUGGUACACCGAUGGGAGUAGCUUUCUACGAAAUGGCUGGACAGAAGCUUUCCCCACCAAGCAAGAAACCGCCCAGGUGGUUGUCAAGAAAAUCCUGGAAGAAAUUUUCCCGCGGUUUGGACUGCCCAAGGUAAUAGGGUCGGACAACGGCCCCGCCUUCGUCUCCCAGGACAGGCUAAAGGCGCUCCAGAUUAUCCAGCACCAGAUCUGGAAACCCCUUGCGGCUGUCUACCGCCCCGGAGACACAACCGGCCCACACCCGUUCCAGAUCGGGGACUCCGUCUACGUCAGGAGACAUCAGUCCAGGACGCUUGAGCCCCGCUGGAAGGGCCCAUAUACUGUCCUACUGACCACCCCAACCGCCUUAAAGGUAGACGGCAUUGCUGCUUGGGUCCACGCCUCACACGUCCAGCGCGCCCCAUCAACGAGCACCGCUGACGCCAGCCAGGACGGACAGGACGAGCCGCUCCAAUGGAAGCUCCACCGCACCCAAAACCCGCUCAAGAUAAGACUUUCAAAAAUUGUUCAAUGACAGUUGUUAUAUUCCUACCUCUCCU